AACAAGAAGAAGGAACUCAAAUCCGUAGAUCACUCCCAAGUCGAAUACCUACCCUUUCCCAAGAACCUCUACCGCGUCCCCCGUUCCUUGGCCACACUCACACACGAUCAAGUUAUUUCUCGACGGGCCAAGCUCAAAGUGCGGGUGCGCGGACAAGGCGCACCGGUACCAGUAUCCUCGUUUGCCGAAUGCGGCUUGUCGGAAAAGAUUCUACAGUUACUCGAAUCCCAAAAAAUUACCCAGCCUUUUCCCAUCCAAGCCCAGUGUGUACCAUGCAUCAUGGCCGGUCGGGAUGUCAUUGGUAUUGCCAAAACAGGCAGCGGCAAAACGCUGGCCUACGUUUUACCCCUUUUGCGUCAUAUGGACGCGCAGCCAGAUUUGGGUCCGCACGAAUCCGGACCCCUCGGACUCAUUCUGGCACCCGCACGGGAAUUGGCCUACCAAAUCCACGUCGUCUGCAAAAAUAUGGCCAAACCGUUAGGCUACAAGUCCACUGCUGUGUACGGAGGUGCCGGUGUGGCGGAACAAAUUGCCGAUCUCAAGCGUGGUACACACAUUGUCACAGCCACGCCGGGUCGAUUGAUUGAUAUACUAACAAUGCAGUCGGGCAAAAUCCUGUCGCUACAGCGCGUCACGUACGUGGUCAUGGACGAAGCCGAUCGCAUGUACGAUAUGGGCUUUGCUCCACAGAUUUCGGCCAUUUUAGCGGCGGUUCGUCCGGAUCGACAGACCGUGCUUUUUUCGGCGACCUUCCCCAAGGCGGUGGAAUCGCUGGCCCGCAAAUCACUCCAGUACCCGGUCGAAGUGAUGGUAGGCGGUCGCUCGGUAGCAUCGGAUAGUGUCACACAGUACGCCGAACGAGUUGAAGAGGACGAAAAAUUUCUGCGUCUCCUGCAAGUCCUGGGCGAGCAAGUGGAGGGAACCAAAAAGGUUAUCGUGUUUGUCGACACGCAAGUGCGCGCGGACAACUUGUUUGAACAAUUGCUCCGCAAUGGCUAUUCCACCUUGUCGCUACACGGAGGCAAGGAACAAGAGGAUCGGGAUUCCACCAUUUCAGACUUUAAGCGUAAGGAUGGUCCCAAUGUUCUGGUGGCCACUGGAGUGGCGGGACGUGGACUGGAUGUUGGGUCGUGUACUUGCGUCAUCAAUUUUUCGGCACCCAACCACCUGGAAGCGUACGUGCACCAAGUGGGACGAACGGGUCGUGCUGGAAACCGUGGUGUCGCCUACACUUUUGUAAGCUCGACCGACGAAGCCAAAUUUGCCCCUAACGUUGUGCGUGCAAUGAGUGAAGCUGGACAAGGUGACAACAUCAGCCCUGAGCUGAGGCAGCUCUCUGACGAAUUUCAAGCCAAGGUAGAAAAGGGAGAGGCACGUUACGCCGGAUCCGGAUUCAAAGGCAAGGGGUACACGUAUGACUCGACCGAAUUGAGCGAAGCGCAAAAGAUGGCUCGACUGGAAAAACGGCAAGCCCUGCUGGAGGCCGGGCUGCUCGAUCCAGACGAAGAAGACCCGUAUGCGAACGACACCAACGACAGCCAUCUUAAAAACGACUCAGCCAGUAGUUCUACGCAAAUGAAAAAAGUGGCCGGCAUUGAAAUGGAAAUUCCUGAUACAUUGACACCCGAAAUCCUAGCUUUGCCCGGAAUGAAGGAAGCUUUGCUACGGAAAGCCGGCAUCAUCCUACCGACUGCUGGGAACGAAGGCGAGGCGGCCACCGAGCCUCUGCUUGGACCUGUCCGCAUGGGCGACAACCACUGGCUGCGAGAGUUUGAAAUCAACGAAUAUCCAAGAGAAGCGCGGUGGAAGGUUACGCAAAAGGAUACGACUUCGAGACUACAGGAGGAAUUUAGGACAGCGGUCACACUCAAGGGUACGUAUUUUGGUCCAGGAAAGGAGCCCAAGGACGACGAGCGUAAGCUUUACUUGCAUCUGGAAGCUACUAGUGAUCGAAUGCUACAGGAUUGCGUGCAGGAAAUUCAACGACUUCUCAACGAAGAAACGUUGCGUGUGAGUGCGAAGCAAGGCGUUGGCGGCGGUUCUCAUAAGUAUAAUGUGUUAGCUUAGAUUUAUUAUUUCUUUUC